AUGUUGAAGACAACAAUUUCUUUGCCUUGUCUCAGAGUUAAUUCUGGUUUAGUUAAAGCCGAUGAUGUUGGCAGUGGGAGGAGUUUGAAAAUAGUUUUGCAGCUUUUAAAAGGUAGUCAUAUCAGUCAUACGAUAAUCAGUGCCAUAGAGACCAUAGAGAUCAUUGAAAUUGUUAGAGUUGAGGCCAAUACUUCAAUUGAUGAAGUAAAAGCUUUGCAGAAAUUGAAGAGUUCUUUUCAGUUGGAAUGGCGAUCCAUGUGUUCCACAGCAGCAUCCAUAGAGUGGAAUUGGGUGAUGAAUAAGGCUGGAAUGCACAGCCGGAAUGGCCUGGAAUGCAAUCACGAAUGGAUUGCAGGAAUGGAGAAUGUGACAUCAAGGUCGGUUGUUUAUGGUGUAUUGGAUGCUAACAUCUGGUGUAUUAGAUUCUUUUAUGCGAUAGUUGUAAUACUAUAG